CCCCUUUGUACUCUUUGCUCCCCAGCUAUGGCCCGCAUCAUCGACCUGGUGCCCUGGGACGAUGGCUCCACCCACAUGUACGCGUCCCCAGCCAUCCUGCUUCCGAUGGAGCGGCAGAGAAACAAGUUGGCCGGCGUGAAGCAGCAGCUCUACCACCCGGCCCUGCCCAGCCUGCGCCGCAUGGACAUGGAUAAUGCCAGGGCUUGCCUGUCGGACGAGCACUGCCAGACCACCACCUACUGCCGCAAAGAUGACUUUGACAACGCACACUACACACUCCUCGGUGUCCCCAACAAACCCCUGCAGUGCUUGGACAUCACCGCCACUGGCCAGAAGAUCCGCCACAGGUGCCGCGAGGGAAAGCUGGCGCCCAUCCCCCCGGGCAUCAACCGAAUCAGCUGGCCCAGCUUCACACGCGCCAUCGAGGACUGGUCCCGUUUCGUGUCCUCUGCCGGAGAGUUCAAGCUGCCCUCCCCGAGCAAGCGGGUCGAGAGUUUCAGCGGCUACGCGGUGCGCUAUUUGAAGCCGGAGUUGACCCAGAACUGGCGGUACUGUCUCAACCAGAACCCCAGCCUGGACCGCUACGGACAGAAGCCCCUGCCUUUCGAUUCCCUGAAUGCGUUCCGACAAUUCGGCUCCAAAUACAGUCGUGUCAACUACCUGACCCCCUGGCACUAAUCUGUGAAAAGGAGGCCGAUGCCCAGGCUGCUGGACCAUGCCACCUCAGUUUCCCAGAUGGACAGAGGGGGUAUGGUGGCAGCCCCCAUCUCCCCAAGAGUUCAUCCUCACUGGAAAUAAACCUAAUGCUCACCCAGGAAGGCACCAGGCUCAUAUCCUAUGUGUGUGUGUGUGUGUGUGUGUGUGUGUGUGUGUGUGUGUGUGGCAGGGGCU